AUGUACGCGCUCCUCCUGCGCGAGCAUGGCCUCAUCUCUCUCGUCCUCGUAGCCCAGGGAGCCCAUGACGGCUUGCCGCCGUCGCAGAUGCCGGUGCGCACCGCGUCGGCGCCGCCCGUCGACCACACGCUCGACCCGAACCGACCUAUCUAUUUGCCAUACAGGGCCGGUGGCCAAGGCUACGUGCCGUCACAGCCGUACGCCGCGCCCACGGCCGGCGUCUUUGUGCCCGGGCAGCCAUUCGUGCCCAAGGGGAACGCACAUGUCCAGCCGCCUCCCGAGCGGGUCCACAACAAUCACGUCGCGCACAUGGGCAAUGCCCCGCCACCGAUGUCGUCGUCGCCAGGCCAGCUUGGUGGCCGGGGGAUGCCCCGAGGCAUGCCCCGUGGCAUGAACCCCAACAACGUCCGACCCUUCGUGCCGCAGCACCAGCAGCAGCACCCGGCGACGAUUCCAGGAUACAUUCCGCGCGUCCAACAGCCGUACUACCAGCAAGGUGGCUACAACAUGCAACACAUGCCGGGCCAGCCCAUGUACCCGCCGAUGAACCAGUACGGAUCGCCCGCGAUGCAGCCGCCGCAUGUGCCGAUGAGCAUGCCGGGAGCCGUGCCCAUGCACGUGAUGCCUGGCCAGCAGAUGCCGCCCCCUGUACAGCGCCCCGUGCCCGUCGUGCGCGAGCGCAAAGCCCUUGUGAUCAUUGACCCGAAGACAAACGAACCGAUCAACGAAUGCAAAGCGCUCGCGACCGACGAGGCGCCGGUAGAAAAGCCGCGGGCGCACUCGGAUGCUCCGCGCCCGACGUCGACGUUGCGCGCCAACGUGCCAGCGUUUGUGUAUACUCCGCCGACGGCGACGACGGCACCGCCGCCACCGCCACCGGCUGUUCCUGCCGCCCCGGCCUCCCCGGUGAAAAAGGUCAAGUCCCCUCCGCCGACGCCAAUUGCCGUCCCUUUGUCCCCGAAGAAGGUGUCUGCGCCGGCGUCCCCGAAGAAACCCGAGCCGACGUCACCUGUGAAGGCCCCGGUGACCCCCAAGAAGGCGAUCGCACCUGCCCCGGUGACUCCGAAGGUCGCUACGCCGAAGAAGGUCGCUACGCCGAAGAAGGAUGCUGCACCGGUAACGCCCAAGGUGGCGACACCGAAGGCUGUGGCGCCCGUGACCCCGAAGGCAGCCUCGCCCAAGGCAGCGCCCAAGGUGGCUACGCCCAAGGCCGCCCCCGUUGUCGCCCCCAAGGCCGUGACCCCGAAGCCCCAGAAGGUUGCGACACCCGUGUCCUCGCCCAAGAAGAAGCCGGUCGUUGCUGCGGAGCCCAGCAUUAUGUUUGGAACGGUCCAAGUGAGCACGGACGACGCUGUCUCGCCCAAGACCGUGUCGCGCCCGCCGGGCUUUACCACGACGGACGACGACAAGGACAACGAAGGCGACGACGUGGUCGAAGAAGUGUCCAAGAACGUGCCUCGGACCGAGCCGCGCCCGGCCAACACGGCGCCGCAGACGAAUGGCAAGUGCUGCUACAGCGUGACGUUCCUCUUGAGCUUCCGCGAAGAGUAUGCGGACUUGCCUGCCGCGGCCAAAGACCCGAGCUCUGGCUGGAUGUCGAUGGAGGUCUCGAAUGACGGCCCCAACACGCGUGCGCGCCGCCAGAACUCGGGUGGUCGCGGCAUGGAGCGCCAAAGCAGCCGCGGUGACAAGGGCGGCAAGUGGUCGCGCGACCAGGCCCCGCCCCGUGGUGGCCGCGGUGGUGGCCGCGGUGGUGGCCGUGGUGGUCGUGGUGGCAGCGCGGGUCCGUCAAUGAUGGAGACGAUCGACUCUGUGCAGCUCAAGCGCAGCGACGACCGCUGGGUGCCGAAGAAGGCGACGAACAACAUGGAGCUCGUGUGCAAGCAAGUGCAAAGUAUCAUGAACAAGAUGACGAACCAGAAGUUUGAGCGCCUCGCGGGCCAGCUGAGCGAAAUCAACAUGGACAGCUCGGACAUGGUGGAAGCUGUCAUCAAGAUCAUCUUUGACAAGGCGCUUGGGGAGCCCCACUUUUGCGACAUGUACGCCAACCUCUGCGUGUACCUCGAGACCAAGUGGAAGGUGUGGAGCUACCUCCAGAUUGUGCAGAACGACGACGAGAAGAAGUGGUACUGGACGACGAUGAGCGACAACGACGCCGAGGUCGUCGGGCCUUUCGAGUCGCUCGACGACCUCUUUGAGAGCGCGACCGAAGACCCGCAGGACGUGGUCUCGGCGCCCGAGGGCCUUGCGCUCAAGCAGGUGCGCGUGCGCAACGGCAAGUUUGUCAAGGUGUGGGCUGUCGCCGACGACGCGCUGUACUGGUCGGGUCAGAACGUUGAAGACCUUGGUACGACGCAGGUGCUCCACGGGCCGUUUGACUCGUUUGAACUUGCCAACGUGCACGCGAUCAAGACGACGUCGUUCAAGCGCAUUCUGCUCAACUCGUGCCAGGAGGAAUUCGAGAAGGACAACAUUUACGAGGAGCUGGACGCGGGCAUUGAGAAGGCGCGCACGGAAGGCACGCUCACGGCCGAGUACGAGGCCGAGUACGCGGAGAAGAAGAUGCUCACGAAGCGCCGCAUGCUCGGCAACAUUCGCUUCAUCGGCGAGCUGUACAAGAAGGGCAUGCUGCAAGAGCGCAUCAUGCACGAGUGCGUGGCCAAGAUGCUCAACGUUGGCCGCGCGCCGCCGGCAACGGGCGAGAACGUCCCGUUUCGUCUCGUGCCCCUGCACCCGACGUCGCCGCCGGACGAGGAGAGCAUCGAGUCGCUCUCGAAGCUGCUUACGACGAUGGGUAAGAACCUCGAACUGUCGAGCGGCCCGCACGUUAUGGCGGUCUACUUUGAGUACCUCGGCAAGCUCACCAAGGACAAGCGGCUCUCGUCGCGCAUCAUUUUUAUGCUCAUGGACGUCAUCGACCUCCGCAACAACAAGUGGACGCCGCGCCGGAAGGAGCUCACGCAGAAGACGCUCGACGAGAUUCGGAAGGACGUCGAGAAGGAGGCUGCCAACAAGGGCGCACAGGCCACGCGCGGCUCGGGCCGCGGACCGCCCAUGUCGGCAUCCAGUCGUGACCGCGACCGCGACGACCGGGGUCGUGAUGACCGAGGCCGUGGCGGCAGCUUCCGCGGCAACCAAGCGCCACCGCAGCGUUCCAACAGCAACAGCAACUUUGCCAGCGACCGGUCGCGGUCUCAAAACAACUUUGACCGCCCGAGCCAAGGCCGCCCGGCUACUUUUGGCUCGGCCAAGGGCCGUCCGGCCAAGCCUGCGCCGCCGCAGAAGAAGAAGGCGCCAUCGAUCAAGGCACAGCUUGAAGCACUCGACGACGACACGACGUCGCUGCUAGCCAAGAAGGCGCGUGGUAUUCUGGACGAGUUUGUGGGUCUUCAGGACUCGGCCGAGGCGCUUGCGUGCCUCCAGGAACUCAAGACGUCGCUGAGCGCGGUGCCCAGCGCAUUGGUGUCGGCGGCCUUUGUGAAGGAAGCGCUGGUGGUGGCGAUGGAAGAGAAGGCGGCGAUCCGCGAUGCGUUUUACGACUGCGUCACGGCGCUCUGCGAGAAGAAGGCGCUCGAGGUUGAGGCCGUUCAGUUUGGGCUCGAGACGGCGCUCUUGCUCGCGCCGGACCUCAAGUGCGACGUGCCCAAGAUUGGCGAGCACCUCGCGACGAUUGUCGUGCGCCUCAUGGCCCUUGCGCAGUCGACGCUGACGCUGCAGUGGCUCACGAUGGGCCUCCUCUUUAAGGAGGACGCGGAGGCGGACGUUCUCGAAGAGCUCGUCGAGGGCGGUGUGCUCUCGGACGUGGUUGGUCUCGUGCUGGCGCGCAUGCCGCCAGCGGUUGCCGCGCAGCAGGCGUCGCAGACCUUCCAGUACCUCAAUUUGACGUCGAUCCUUCCGUCGCACGCGCGGACGGCCAACGACGUGGCGGCGUGGCUGACGACGCACAAUUUGACGAGCACACUGGCUGUCUUUACCAAGGCGCUGGAGCUGCUCCGGUUGAGCCUCGACCUCCCGACGGACGCGGUGAUUGCGCGCAUCGAGACGACGAUCCCGCCCGAGAUGCGCAGCGACGCGCUCUUCGCCAAGCAAGUGUGUCUCUUCAUGGCCGGCGUCUCGACCAAGCCGUCGGCCCACCACUGCCAGCUCAUCAUGGGUCUCUGCGGCGGCAUUGACGGCCAAGCCGCGCUCAUUGGCGGUCUCGCCCAGUCGACGGCGCCAGCGGACAUCAAGCACCUGCUCAAGUACCUCAUCGAUCACCAGGCGCUGGCAACGAACGCGAUCAAGGCGUGGAGCGACUCGGCGCCGCAGCGCUUGUGCGUCAAGGGCGCGGCGCUGGAACAGAUGGACGAGAUUGUCUCGCGCAUGCGCAAGUAG